UCAUUUGGAUUCACUGAGAGAAGUGAUUAACUAGAAUUCUCAUUGGAAAAAAUGACAGGAAAGCUCCCUCCAAUUUCUCAAUUUCCACCCCGCCUGGUACCUGGUUUUAUGAUUCCACACCCUCCUGAUCCAUCCUGCCCUCCUAAUACAUCCCACUCUCAUAAGCCAUCCCACCCUUGUGCCCACAAAUCCCUCCCUCUUCUUCAAUCUGCCAAGCCCCUUCUUCCUCUCCAGAAGCAUGUGGAUUUUUCAGUUUUCUGCCCUAACUGUUAUCCCACUGUGGCUCAUACCUGCCCUCCCCACUAUCCUACCCUAAUACUCUACCUGCCCUGCUCUUCUGCUAUUCGUUACAAACCAUCCAUUUGUCAUUGCUCUGGUCCCAGAACUUUUCCUUGUGAUUCCCCAAUCUGUUCCCCUCUUCCUCCUCCUAGCCCUCCUUGCCAACACUCUGGUCCCAGAACUCUUUUCUGUGACUCCCCUAUCUGUCCUCCUACUCCUCCUCCUAGCCCUGCUUGCAAACACUGUCGUUCCCGAGCUGUUUCCUGGGAUGCCUCUACCCAUGCCUCUACCCCUCCUCCUUAGCCCUACUUCUUUCUAGUCUCCAGCCCCAGCCCCGCCAUCUCCACCAGACCUGACAGUUCACAAAUUUCAUCUUGGAGAUGGUUUUCCUGCUCCUAGGGCAGUUCUGGUACAGUUCAGGAUGGCCAGGACUAUGGAUUCUCAGCAGCCUGGCCUGGUGGACAAAGGAAAUGCAAGACGGUGGCAAACCAGCA